UCGAGAUGCGGGGAGCAUUGGCCGUUUCCUGGUCUCGGGGAAGCGACAAUCUGGGCCAGCCCAUUCUUCAAGACGACGAUGUGAUUCUGUUGUACUGCGAUGACCAGCUAGGCGGAACCCCAGGCGAGAUCCAUGAGAAAAUCUUCCUGGAUGCCGCUACGGUCGCCCAAGCCAAGGCCACCUCGAGAAAGCAUUAUGGCGGCCAAGACACCAACAGUCACGGACACGACAUGUGGCACUUUCCCAGCUUUCCGCUGGAACGACACGAUGCUUGCCAGUUUCACUUGUACAAGAUGCUCUCUCGCAACCGGAUCACCCUCUUGGCCAAAUCCAAUAUGCUUCAUAUCCAGAAUGGUAACUCUCAACCAACGGCGAUACAUUUGGCAUUCACCAACCGUGUGGAUGAAAUGGUGGUCCAGUUCAAGACAGGGAAAAUCAAUGGUACCCCAAUGAUCAAGUAUGGAACCGAAAAGGACGCCCUGACUCUCCAUGCCAAUGGAAGCAGCAGCACAUACACGGCAAAAGACAUGUGCCAAGAUCCAGCGAAAAAAGAAGAACCGGGGAAGUUUCAGCCUCCGGGGCUACUACAUGUGGUCAAAAUGACACAUCUUGAACCCAAUACAACAUAUUACUAUCAAGUAGGAGUCAACCACGAGAGAGUCAAUGUCACAACAUGGUCCGAGAUUCACUCCUUUCUAUCUCCACCAGAAAUCAGGGCGGACGCAGAGCCCCAUUCGUUCCUUGUCUAUGCGGAUCAAGGAUCACCUUCCGAUGGCUGGGGACAAGGAGGUGCCUGGAUUGCCGCAAUGGCCACACGGGAAGCAAACCUCCCAACUCCCAUUCGGUCCGUGCAUCACUUUGGUGACAUUAGUUAUGCCCGUGGUGCAGCACACAUAUGGGAUGAAUGGCUCAACAUGGUGUCUCCAUUUGCUGUCAAGGUUCCUCUCAUGGUUUCUAUUGGGAAUCAUGAAUAUGACCACACAGAUGGAGGAGGAGCAGGUAAGGAUCCAUCUGGUGUGCCUACCAAGGAUGGAUACAAGCCUCGGUGGGGAAAUUUUGGUACAGAUUCUGGUGGAGAGUGUGGUGUUCCAACUGCACGACACUUCUUCAUGCCACAUAGCAGUGGAAGCAAUGGAGUAUUCUGGUAUUCCUACAACUUUGCCAAUGUUCACACCAUUGCAAUUUCAUCUGAACAUGACAUGUCGCUGGGAUCAAAACAGUACAGAUGGCUUGAAGAGGACUUGAAAUCUGUGGAUAGAUCAUUGCUUCCAUGGAUAGUGCUGGAGCUCCACAGACCCUUCUAUGAAUCUGAAGUUGAUCCAAUUGAUAGUGUUGUGGGUAUGGAAAUGCUGCAUCGCAUUGAACACCUUUUGAAGACUUAUCAAGUUGAUCUAGUCCUGGCAGGUCAUUUGCAUUCUUAUGAAAGAAGUUGUGCAGGGCUAUACAAAGGAAAGUGCAAUGUGGGAGGUCCCACACACAUCAUAGUGGGGACUGCUGGUGCUAAGUUGAUGUAUGACCCAAAGGUACCAUCCAUUCAUUGGACAAAGAAGAUUGUAAGGGGGCACUUUGGUUAUGGAAGGGUCACAGUGGCAAAUGCAACUUCCAUGCAUUUUGAGUUUGUGAGAGCUGGCGCGAAUGAUGAUCCAGCUGCAGGAACAGUCUUAGAUGAUGUAUGGAUUGUAAAAGGCCAGGGAGAAGGCAUGGUCAGGUCAGGAUAGAAUGAGGAUACUGGUGUUGCAAUGCAAACCUACCGGUAAGUAAAGGUGCCAGUUGCCAGGAAGCUGAGUACAACAGACUGGCAUGAACGUUUCAUAUUUGUAGGGAAGUUAGCUAGUAAAUGUGUCAUAGUCAUGCAUACUGGCUGGAAUAGAUCAAAAAGGGUGACAUGAGCUGGCUGUUCUAUUUGAAGUUGAAGGCUCACAUCCAUUUUAGAAGUCCCUCCAUGCAGCC